ACACGUACCCCAUCCAAUUUCCACAGUAUAAAAUACGAACCAACCAUAACAUAAUUGAAGAAAUUUCAAGAACAAAAUUGGGGGUUUUACCCACAAUUAUCAAAAUUAGAAGGGAUUAGGUUUCAAUUUCAUUAUUGUCAAAACACCAGGCUGUGACGCUGACUCAGCAAUCAGCAAAACCAAACCUAAAGCCUUCAAAAACUACCUAAUUAAACUCCCUUAAUUUUCUUAAAAAAUUCCCAUUUUAAUUUUCAAAUUUCUAAGUUAUAUACGUAGUAUUCAGUUUUGUAAAAAAGGCCAAUUUUUUUCUGGGUUUCCUGUAAUUUAUCUAAUUAGGGCCUUUUUAUCAACUUUUUUAAUUGAUUAAUUGAAGAAAAGAGUGAAAGUUUGAGUUUUUUUUUUUGUUUGGUUAUCAAUGGUGGGUUAUAAUCUAGUAAAGUCUUCUACUUGCCAUGAAUCUCUCAAAGUCAUCGAAGCUGAUAUUCAACAUGCUAAUAUUCUGGCUGCUUCUAUUCCUAGAAAUAAAAGUGGCAAUUGGCUUCAGAUGAAAUUAGUUCACAAUGACUUGGCUCCCCUUAUCCUUUACUUGCUCCAAUGGAUUGAUUGCUCAUGUACAUGUUUACUUCCAAGCUGCUUGAAUCUUUUCUAUGUUGUUGUAUACAAGGUAAAUGCAGAUGGUAGACCAGAUAUCUCGUCGUAUGGAAGGAGAGCAACCUUAAGGGAGUUCUAUGCUAUUAUCUUACCCUAUCUUCAACGACUCCACGGGAAUUUAUCUGAGCUAGACGAGGGUGCAAAUGUGUGUAACAGGUCUGAAUUGGCAGUCAGAAAGAUUUCUCAGGAGAGUAGAAAGCUUUCAGACAUUGAUUUCGAUAGGGAAGAUGAGUGUGGAAUUUGCUUGGAGCCUUGCACCAAAAUGGUGUUGCCCAAUUGCUGUCAUUCCAUGUGCAUCAAUUGCUAUCGAGACUGGAACUUGAGGUCAGAAUCUUGUCCAUUUUGCCGGGGUAGUAUAAAGAGAGUUCAGUCAGGUGACCUCUGGGUUCUGACCUGCGGCACUGAUGUGGUUGACCCAAAAACUGUAAUGAAGGAGGAUAUAUUGCGCUUGUAUCUCUAUAUAAACAGCUUGCCGAAGGAUGUUCCUGAUGCUCUGUUCUUAAUGUAUUACGAGUACUUAAUCUAAUGAUUCUAAACCAGGAAAGACAUUUGUAAAGAGUUAAAAAGAAAUUGUAAUCCAAAAAUUGUAAAUAAUUUUCUGCAAAAGCCGCUUCAUCAAAAUGUAGAAUAUGUAUAUGGUUCAGUGUACAUCAACUAUCAGGCUGCUUAUUCUGAUAUUCAUGCUUCACUGCUAUAAGUUC